UUCCCGUAUCCAGAAGCCCAAUUUUGGCCCAAUUUACAAAAGUCGCCUCUCUCUCUCUCUCUCUCUCUCUCUCAUCCGUCUCUGCGAUUUUCUUUCUCUGAUUGAUUUGAAUUUCACUUUUUUUUUCCUCGGAAAAGUUCUCUCUAGAAUUCAUGACGGACAAAGGUCGGCCAUUGCCAAAAUUUGGAGAGUGGGAUGUUAAUGAUCCGACAUCAGCUGAGGGAUUCACUGUGAUCUUUAACAAAGCUAGAGAUGAAAAAAAAACAGGUGGAAAACCCGAUUCUCCUGGAAAAGUUGAUGCACGGGGCAGGCCGGGAGCAGAUCCUUCCAAGGCACCGCCUAAGAAAUGGCUUUGCUGUAUUCAGAGUCCCCCUGCUGAAUCUUGAGAAGGUUCGUUUAGAGGCUUCAGUUGAAAAACAUAUUAUUCUGUAAUUGCGUCUACUGUGGCUUCUCAAAUACAAUGAACUUUCAUGGAGCCUUGAUGGUCCUGCUAAAUUUUAUGCAAUUUCAUGUAAAUCUGAGUGGUGUUGUUGUGGAGGAAAAAAGUAAAGAAGACGAACAUGUAUUGUAUUUAUAUUAUUGAUAUGGUGGUUUUUUAUUAGAGGAUAAAGUUGCUAUUCUGUCUUUGCCUCUGGUAUGAGCUGUAAAGCUUUACACUGGACAUCAUGUAUAAUUGUGGCUGGUAUAAUUAAUGUAAUACGACUUUUGCUUUUCCUUUAA